AUGGCCACAGACGCGGUUCCCCAGAGCCCUCCCACGAGGGCAAUUCCUACACCCUCAACCACUCCCCCGACAGACCACCCCGCACAGACUCGAAGAGGCUCGUCUGCGGGUUACUCCUCCUCAAAUUUCUCUCUUCGGACUGAGAACGCCUCCCCUGACCGCCCCAGUGACUACGAAGAUAUCAUGGAUGAGGACACGAUAUCGCCGCUGGAUCCUCGGAGGUUCACACCCACACUGCAUGCGUCGCUAGUCUCGGAGAUCCUCGCCCUGCGACGGGACGUGGAAGGCAAAACUAAAGCUAUUGAUGUACUGGAACGAUCCUUGGAUGACUCGCGGAUCGAGAAUGACGACCUCAGCGAUCGAUUGGCCAAGAGCACCCGGGAGACCCGGUCGCUGAAGCAUCAGCUUAACUUACUGGAGGGCGGAUCGUCCUCCGCUCUCACGGAGCUGGCCAAGGAGCGUGAUACGGCGCUCGAUAACAUUGGCGACGUUCGCAAAAAAUUAGACCAGGCCCAGAAGAAGGCACGCGGUCGAGAUGAAGAACUCGAGCGGUCCUUGAAGCUCUGGGACCGCGAGAGGGAGUCGUGGGAGACGGAUCGCCGGGCCCUGGAGCGCAAAGUCCAUGUUGUCGAAGGUCGUCUCAAGGUUGUCCUGAAUGAAGUGGCGGCAGCACAAGCCGCUGGCUCGUUCCGCUCUACGGCUGCAACGAAUGCAGACGAGGCCGCGUCGGCCAAGGAAGAGGCCCUUGGAAAGGACAGCGAUUCCGCGAGUAUCCUUUCCAGCAGUCAAGGUCCACGCCGGACUAGCGUCACCAGUGUGAGCUCCAACGAGGACGACUACCGGGACUUCCACAACGUCCGGUACUCUGUUGCCAGCCUGGCAAACAUCCCGUCGGGCAAGUCGGAUGGGAUGAAUCUCGCGGACGAAUUGGCGUUUGACGAGGAAGACGAAUUCGAUCUAGCGGACGAUGAUAUGGCCCCAGAUUCCCCCGAGGCGCUCCCAGAAGAGCGUCCUGCGUCAGUCCACUCUCAAAUAUCCCAGACGAUGGGAAUGGGGGCCAAGGCACGGAGAAUCCUCGGCCUCUCACUGGAAAGCGGAGUGGACGGUCAAGGAAUCAAGGUGGACGGUGUCUCCGAGUUAGAUACAUCCGUGAAGGUCUCGACAAAGGCUGUGUAUCAAGACACGGGUAUCCAGUAUUCCCCGCCGCCGUCUCCAAUGUCACCAGAAUUUGAAUACCCGUUGUCCCAAAAUGACAGGGAUGUCUCGGGUCAGACGAAGGACAGCGGCACAUCGACAGACUCAGCUGACAUGGUGUCGACGUCGUGCCAGACCGUUGGCGAUAUCCCAACUCCUCCACGUACACCCAAGCUCGAUGAAUUACUUCCCCAACCUUCCGCUCCCAAGCGGGCGAUCACGGUGUCUACGGCAGUCCAGACAGAGCAGGAACUUGCCGCAGAGCCGGAGAAACCCAGCCCCGCCCUGCAGGGUGCGGGUUCAGACAGUCUUCAAAUUCCGAUGAUUGCAAUCCACCCGCCUCAUUCAGAGCCUCCUUCACCACGUGGAAGCGUGGUCCUCCCGCCACAAACCAAGAGUGUCUCCUGUCAGGCCAACUUUGGGCCCAUGGUGAGUUAUCAGACAGUGGGAAUGCAGACGGAGCCUAUUCGCAUCGACCAGCGGCCUGUCAAGCUACCAGCAAGCUUGCUCCCCUCAGCCAUACCGGACUUCCCACCGAGCAAGAACGAUCGCGAUCCGCCCAUUCAGCCGUAUCGGGCUCCUCCCCCGAGGACCAGACCUCCCAGCGAUGUGCAGCCCCCGCCGCUGCCACCGAAAGCUCCGUCACGGAGUAAGCCGCCCGGCCGUGUGCAAGCCUACCCUGGCAACAACGACAACGGGCCCCUGUCCGAGGAAUCCAAGACAGGGAUGAGGCGACCGCUCCGAUCGAGCAGUUUGUUCGCCGGAUUUGAAGAGUCGAGCGAUGAGGGUUCUCCCGAAAGCACGAGGGAUAUCUUUACCGACGACGCUUUCCUUAACCGGCCAACGGCCACUUAUAAACUCAGACGAGGGAAAUUGGUUUCCACCGAAGAACGUUCAACUCUAGACGACCCCGUCUUGCCCGAAGUGGUUGAAGAUGAACAUCUGCUCGAUCCAGAUUCUCAGCUCUUCCAUGCCUCGGGUUCCAGUGUGAGGGAUGUGGAUGGUACCUCCCGACAACGUACCGGGACAGUGGCCUCGGGGGGUCGGCAACAGGACAUUCGCAGAGCGGCCAUGAUCUCCAACGGGGCGUCUGCCCAUCAGAAGAUACGGGCCCGAAGUCCGAGUGAACCGACCUUUGACAGCGCCAGCGCCAGUGGUGCGUCGAACAUUCCGCCUCCCUUCCCGGUUCCGAUCCGAUUGAGCUCCAGGAAAUUCCCUGCUGAAGGAAGCGAUGGUCGACAAAGUCCGACUCCUUCAAACCCCCGAAACUUCUCUGACCGCGGGCGAGCACCCGCUGCCCGCCGACCAAUCCUGCGACGAGUGCGGUCUGCAGCUGCCAUGUCCCAGACGGAUCACACCGAACGACCGAGCAGCCGAUCCUCCCCCGCCAUGUCCGUCUCGUCACAAGCUCCUGAGAGUCCUCGAUACCCACCUCUCCCGUACGACGAUGUCACAGCGCACCAGGGCAAGUAUGGGGGCCGUCGCCGGUCGGUCCGCCGUGCGGCGCCGCACACGUUGGCCCACGAACGAGAGGAUUCGGCGGCGACGUCGGUCCAGCCAACCAGCGUGGUCGACGCGAUAGCUCAGACCAUGGUCGGAGAAUGGAUGUUCAAGUACGUCCGGCGACGCAGAUCAUUCGGCGUAGUCGGCGAGUCCAAGGACUCCUGGGAGGGUCGAAACGCGGACGAGGUGUCUGCGAGCAUCACCAACAGCGGCGUGCGGCACAAACGAUGGGUCUGGCUCGCUCCGUAUGAGCGAGCCGUGAUGUGGAGCAGCAAGCAACCAACAAGUGGGCCGGCGCUGCUCGGGAAAACUGGUAGAAAGUUGAUAAUCCAGUCCGUUCUCGACGUCAAGGAUGACAACCCGUUGCCCAAGGGGACCAACGCGCAAAAUCAAUUCAACCGAUCCAUCCUCAUUCUGACACCACAACGCGCACUCAAAUUCACGGCCAUGAGCAUCGAACGGCACUACGUGUGGCUGACAGCCCUCUCCUUCCUAAGCCACUCCACAAUGGGCGUGCAAGACCUCGCGUCUCUACCCCCCGCCCCACAAGAGGAAUUCUCGUCACCGGUGCCCGCCCCAGCCCUCCGCCGGAACCCAAUCCGCGACUCCAUCAAGAUCGCCAAAGGCCGGCCUCGCCCGGGGCCCAAACCAAAGUUGUCCUUCAACCAGCCAGAGCCGGUCCCCGAGCUGCCCCUAGAGCUGGAAACCGCCGACUCAAUAGACGGAGCAGCCGACCCGCCCACAGUGCCUCGCUUCUCGAACCACGCCCGCAAGCGCAGCAAUCCCACCACGCGAAUGCCCGUCCUCCGCAACUUCUCCAGCCAAGCCACAAUGCCCUCGAUCGCGUCCACGCGAGGCUCCUCAGAGGCACAUACCCCGUCGCAGGGACCGGGUGUGAACAGCGGCCGGAGCAGCCUCAGCCACCGCACGUCAGAAGCCAGCACCGGCACAGGGAACUUCUUCGACGCGGUAGGCACCGUCCGCAUGGAAGCCUUCAUCGAUCAGACGGAGUCGAACCGCAACCGCGUGCCCGGUCGACGCAAGCGCAAGACGUCGAGUCCGUGGAGCGCGGGGAGCCCGGCUCAUCUGGACCUUGAUAUCCCGGCCCCUAUUCCGGCCUUGACUACCGAGGAUGAUGAUCUGUUCCGUGGGUUUUAA